GCAGGCGUAUCGAAGCAGCGAGUCGAAGCAGCGACGCCGGAUUCUCGAGCCAGAGGUCUGGGCAGCGUAUGAAAGCGCACCGCAAGUUCAGGCUCUCUUUGCCACGCAAAGUCAACACGCUAGGUAACGAUGAGUACCUCACAGUCCCUGGAUCGAAUGGAGCUAUGUGAAAGUCUGUUAACAUGGAUCCAGACGUUUGAAGUUGAGGCUCCUUGCAAAAGAGUAGACGAUUUGACUAGUGGUGUCGUCAUGGCCCAAGUUCUUCAGAAAAUAGAUAUAGUGUAUUUCAGUGAUGUUUGGAUUGGCAGAAUCAAGCCAGAAGUUGGGGAUAACUGGAGGUUAAAGGUCAGCAAUCUAAAGAAAAUCUUAAAAGGCGUCCUAGACUAUAACCAGGAGAUCUUAGGCCAGCACAUUAAUGACUUCACACUACCAGAUGUUAAUCUUAUUGGAGAACACUCUGAUCCAGCAGAACUUGGGAGGAUGCUACAGCUCAUACUGGGCUGUGCUGUCAACUGUGAACAGAAACAAGAAUACAUCCAAACCAUCAUGAUGAUGGAGGAAUCCGUGCAGCAUGUUGUCAUGACAGCCAUCCAGGAGUUGAUGAGCAAAGAGACUCCAGUCACAGGAGGAAAUGACUCGUAUGUGGAUCUAGACAGACAGCUGAAAAAGACCGCUGAAGAGCUGAAUGAUGCUUUGGCCACCAAGGAAGAAAUUGCCCAGAGAUGUCGUGAGCUUGACAUGCAGGCCCUCCAUGUGCAAGACGAGCGUGAUAGACUGAGGUUAGAGUUUAAUGAGCUAGAAGAGAGGGUGGCAGCUCUGCAAGAAGAGAAGAGCAGUCUGUUGGCAGAAAACCAGGUUCUGAUGGAGAGACUUAACCAGUCUGACUCCAUAGAGGACAUCAACAGCCCCGCUGGGCGCAGACACCUCCAGCUGCAGACACAACUGGAGCAACUACAGGAAGAAACUUUCAGACUGGAGGCAGCAAAAGACGACUAUCGGAUUCGUUGUGAGGAACUGGACAAAGAACUCCUGGAUGUUAAGUCCCAUAAUGAAGAGCUCGCAGCUCUGGCCGAUGAAGCCCAGUCUCUCAAGGAUGAGAUGGAUGUCCUCAGGCAUUCAUCUGACAAGGUGUCAAAACUGGAGGGCACGGUUGAACACUACAAGAAAAAACUGGAGGACAUGGGGCUUCUCAGGAGACAGAACAAGCUUCAGGAGGAGAAAAACACAGUUUUAAUGGAGACCAACGUAAGUUUGGAAGAGGAGCUUCGAAAGGCUAAUGCUACCAAGGGUCAGCUGGAAACUUACAAGAGACAGGUUGUUGAACUUCAGAACAGACUGUCAGAAGAGUCGAAAAAGGCCGACAAGAUGGAGUUCGAGUACAAACGCGUCAAAGAGAAAGUGGACUCGCUACAAAAAGAAAAGGAUCGUAUGAGAACUGAGAGAGACUCAUUAAAGGAGACCAUUGAGGAACUGCAUUGUGUCCAGGCUCAAGAGGGACAACUUACAUCAAGUCUGUUCCCACUGGUCAGCAACGAUGGCUCUGAUUCGCUGGCUGCUGAGAUUACGACUCCUGAGAUCCGAGAGCAUUUGAUUCGUCUUCAGCACGAGAAUAAGAUGUUGAAGUUGGCCCAGGAGGGAUCUGACAAUGAGAAGAUUGCACUGCUGCAGAGUUUACUGGAAGAUGCCAACAGAAGAAAAAAUGAACUGGAGACGGAGAACAGGUUAAUCAAUCAGCGCUUGAUGGAGGAACAGGGUCAAGUUGAAGAGCUGCAGAAGACUGUCCAAGAACAGGGUUCCAAAGCAGAUGAUUCAUCCAGUCUGAAGAAGAAAUAUGAUGAGCACAUGGAAAAGCUACGAGAACUGAACAAUGAGUUGUUGAAGAAAAACGCCUUUAUCGACGAAAUGGAACCGAAAUACAACACCAGCUCCCAACGAGUGGAGGAGCUGGAAGAGGCCUUGAAAAAGAAGGAUGAAGAGAUGAAACAGAUGGAAGAGAGAUAUAAGAAAUACCUUGAAAAAGCCAAGAGUGUGAUACGCACACUGGACCCCAAGCAGAACCAGGGUUCAGGCCCAGAGGUCCAGGCUCUGAAGAACCAGUUGCAGGAGAAGGAGAGGAUGUUGCACUCACUGGAGAAAGAAAUGGACAAAACGAAGAGUCAGAGAGACCAUGAAGAGAAGCUGAUUGUUUCAGCCUGGUACAAUAUGGGUAUGACCAUGCAGAAAAAGGCGGCUGAAGACCGACUUGCCAACACCGGCUCUGGUCAGUCGUUCCUGGCCCGGCAGAGACAAGCCACCAGCACACGGCGCUCCUACCCAGGCCAUGUCCAGCCAGCUACCGCAAGAUCCAUGAGGUAGAGAUGCUGGGCAAGGCUGCCCAAGUCUUUCACCACUGUUUAUUUUUACUUUGACUCCAUGAUGCAAGACUUCUACCUUUUUCAAACUCCAGCAUUUUUUAUAGAGUUUAAUCAUUUAAAACAUCCCCCCUUAACUCUCCCCUGUCCUCUGCUGUGUGGCAAACCUUUACUCCUCAGAUCAUUUGGACGCCAAGACUCAAAAUAUCACAUCUUCUUGACAAGUUACUUAGAAGUUACAUUUUGGAUAAGAGGAAUUGCCCAUGGCGUGUUGAUGCAGUAUUUAUGCACAUCUCCACAUGUGAUGGCAUUUGAUGUUCUUGUUUGCUUUUUAUUGGUGACAGAAUGCCCUUCCUGUGUAAUGUUUGAACUUGUACUCCGUAGCUUUAAGGACAUAGCAAUUCUCAGUUACAGUUUUAAUUUCAAUUCAUUUGAUUUAAAAUCAGUCUUAAACGUAUACAACGAGGCAUGGUGUAGUAUGCCACCACAUGUAAAUGUUUGAGUUGCUUCCUUAAAGGUCUCAAUUAUCUAAAUUAAUGUACGUGCUCAACGGCUAACUUUUGCCCGGUUACAGUGCAGCAAUAUUUUUGAAUGGAUUUUUUUCUUUCUUUUUCCACAGCAAUGGGAAAAGUAACUUCAGAAGGAUUUGAAGUUGUUUCAGAAGGUGCAAUCCACAGCUUUGCAUGUUUUUUAAAUGCAGCUGUCCAUGUUUUUUUUUUUUCUCUAACAAAUAACACAGAGCCUUCAUCGAGCAAAACCUUCUGAUUAUGUUAUGUUUGGCGACGCCACAUUGUAUCCUCGUGUUUCAGUGUUUUCUUUAUCUUACUAAUCCUUCAAUAUUACUCCUGACAUAUUGCAGGAUUUCCUUCUAAGACAACAUAAUAAGAAAUCUGAGCCUUAAGAUGGUUUGGGAACUUACUUGGGACUCCAAACACAGAUUUGACAAUACUCAAUUUUGAAGAAUAAAGUUGACUUAAUUCUUCAUAGGAAAUUAGGACCGGUUGAUUGCUAUCAUCAUUUUAAUUUUUUUAGUGAGGGUGUUCCAUUAAUGCUACAUAGGAUCUCACUUAAAAGAGGAAUUUUCAAUUUGUAUGCUUAUGGCAGUUCUUGUCAUUCUUUCUUUAAGCCAUUUUCGUUAAACUGUCUCACCAUUUUUACAGCAUAUCAUGAAAGAUCCUGUUUAACUUUGAAUUUAAUUUGAUCUGUGCCUGCUAUGAUCAUGGGCUCAUUGUUGAUUUCAUGCUUGUCAGCCCUUCCAUCUGACCAUUACUUCUUUCUCUCCUCCCUCAACAGCAAUGUCUCUGCAUGACUGACACACCAGUGACCUGCCCAAGCAUUUUGUGGUCUGGCCUAGCCUCUCUGUGGCCUACGCUGUCCCCUGGCUGGGCUUGGCUGAGACGUGCAAUGCAUGACCUACCUGCCUGCAUUCUGUUUGCAUGACCCUUGCACUGACUCCAGUCUGCGAGUAACCAGCCCACUAUCAGCAGCAGCUGCAGCAGCUGCAUGAGCACUAACUGCAAUGUCCUGCAUUAUAACCUCUAAACAAAGCUGAGAUGGGGCAGGUCAGCUAAGAAAACCCUCCUUCUUUUAAUAAUUUAUUUUACACCAUUUGAGAUACUCUCCUCUCAUUCUUAUGUUACUGUCUCCAUCCCCUUUCCUCCUCCUCCUCCUCCUCCUCCUUGGACUUGCUUGCUUGUGCUUCCACACAUUGCAAAGUCUGUUACAGUUAGAGUAUUUUACAAACACCUUUCAAAGGGGGUAGAACACAUCAGUGUUAUCUAUUGAUUGAUCAACUGGUUUAUUUAAGAAGGCUUUUAUUCAGUAUUUGUUUGGAUCUUGACAUUGCCGGGACAUCUAGGAUACCUCUUUGACAUAUAUCCACAUAUCUGUUCCAUUUUACAUGGUUGGAGGAAUCUGUUACUGAAGAGGCAUAGCCUGCAUCCCUUUAAACCACUACAUUAUAAAUGUGUAUGUCCAGCCUCCUCUUAACUUGGCUGUACAUACCAAGGUUACAUUUUUUAACCUAAAGUAUGAGUCACUGCAAGUUUUGGACUAAAAUGGAGCUCGUGGGAUUUUACUGCAUCGUCCUGUGUGUUUUUGAGAUUGCAGAAGGAGCAUAAAUUGGCAAAGUGAGUGUUUUAUGUGGAUAGGACUGUUACAGAUAUGAUUUUGUACUGGAUUAAAGCCCCUAUUAAGCCUACUUGCUGUGACUUUCAGCACAAGUUCAAGUUCUCUCCGGUGCAGGCCGUGUUGCAGUUUAUGCAUGUUAUUUUCCUUUAAAAGGCUUGUUAGAUGUGUUCUGAACAGGCCAAAUAAUACAAAGACCUUCAGAGUACAACUUGAUGUACUUAAAGACCUUAGACUGAUGGUUUGAUAGAAUUAAAAACAAAAGAAUUUAGAUAUGAAAGUGUGCAAUAGGUCGUACAGACUAUUUCAUGGGCUAUCCAGUGAAAAGGGAACCGAGUAAUCCCAUAACUCACAGACCUCCGAUACAUUUUCAACGGUUUAGUUACGUUUUUAAAUUUCAAGACCCCCCUCAUUAGUGUUUUCAGCGUAGCUUAACAGGGUGGGAAAUAUGUUGACUUACAUAAACACGUCCAUGUUGAUGUAAUUCAUAUUGUACAUUUUGUACAAAUAUUUAAAUUUUAUUUCCCUGAGCUUAUUAUAUUUCUUAGUCUGAAAACUACACCAGGAACUGAGGAUAUUUUGUAAAAGUAUUACUACACAUGUAUUUAAAUGAGAGAGAUGAUUGAAUCCUCCAAAAUAGUGCCUUUUAUUUAAAAUAUAAUUUUAACAUUCUGGUUUUUAGACUUAAGGGCAGAGAGGCCCUUUGCCUCAUCAGCAGGUUUAUUGUGUAAUUAGAGGGGGGAAGAAAUUUGCCUCAGUUUGAGUUGGCUUAAUAUAAAGAAUAAAUAAACCCUUUGGUGGGCUUAAUGAGGGCUUUUCCUCUCAAUUUUAACCUAUUUUACUCAUUUGUUCUGUUGUGUAACCUUAGUUUUAUUUUUUUUCAUGGCAUGCAUUUGAUUUCAAUGGCUUAUUUAUUCUUUGCGCUUGUACAGCUGUGUAAUAUUUUUUUUUUUAUAUAUAUAUAUAUAUAUAUAUAUAUAUAUAUAUAUAUAUACGUAUCAGUAGUAUUAUUACUUAUACUGUUACAGUGGGUGUGGAGAUCAAAAUAGUGGUAACUAACUUAUGCAACAAAAGGAGGAGAAGGUUUUGCAAUAGUGAAGCAUUUGUCAUCAAAAAGAUGUACAGGGUUGCAGGACGUGUACCUACCUGUGGCUUUUACAGGAAGAUGUUUGUUUUUAAAUCAUUGUGCUAAAGAGUUGUAUUAAAAAGGAUUGUUUUCUCUUUAACAGAAAAGGAAAAAAAACUGCACAUAUACAUUCACAGGAUUGUGAAUUUUCAGUAACCGUAUAAAUUGUCAUAUUUUUCUUACAUUUAGAGACAGCAACAAAGACCAGGAUUGUAAGCUUGUGAGCUGUUGGGGAUGCAUGUGUUUGUGCUUUGGUGUGAUCUUUAGCAGGACAAAGACUUCAACAAAUAAACAAUUGAGUGGUGAAAUAACAUAUGUGACAUAAAUUCAGCAAAUAGUUUGUAUCUGUCACCGAGGUCUUUGAUUGCCUCUGAGUGGAUCAGUUUUGAAAACCACCAGCCAUUACAUUUUUACCACUUGAACUGCAAGUUAUUUUAUUAAGAACGUCCUUAACCGUCCAUCCUCACAAGUUGGCUUGGUAAGAAAUCUCUAUCAGGAUAUUCACAUUGUGGUUAACCUGAUGAAAUUGUUAUCAGGGAUGAUUUUUUCUUCUUUUUUAAAUGUCUCCCUAAAGAGAAAAACAAAUCUUCUCAAGUCAGCUUAUGUGUUUUGUUGUUUGUCUUUGUAUAUCUUUGAUUUUACAUCACUUCACCAUGUACUGUUCAAAUCAUCACUAAACGUAUCCACAAUAUUUUGAUUUGAGAACAAAUUUCAGUAAGACUUGCAGUUACAAAACAUUUUAUUUUAAUAUAUUAUUAAAACAAGGCUAAGAUCAAAUGAGUACUCAGUAUUCGCUUGUGUUUCUUGGCUGCUGGCCAAGUCAGAUGUAUUCCAGGAUAUCUUUGCUGAAUUUCUUUCUUUUUUUUUGUUGAACUCAUCGGAAAUGUUUCUUGAAGUACUGAAGUAGCAAAUAACCUUCCAUUUGCCAAGUUUUCUAUUGCUUGUAUACAAACCCACUUUGUACAUAGACUUUGGAUGGUGGUGUUGAAAGUGUCGGAAUGAAAACAUAGAAAGUCUUAUCUAGUUAGAUGGAAUUCAUUUGCAUCUGUCCAUGAGGACCUAUCGAUUUGAUGUGCUUCCUACGCCACUGAAUCUUGAAACAACAUUGUAAAUAAAGCUUGUACAAAGAC